CUCAAAAAAAAAAAAAAAAAAGUUUCUCAGUGCCUUACGUAAAUUCUCCUCAAAGCAAUCAACCAUACUCUUUGCCAGAGGCCAAAAGCUCUCUCAUUUCAUCUCUCACUCACUCACAAUCACACACACUACUCAUACCUCUCCUUCUUCAACAACCUCUCCAAAUUCUCUCUCUUUCUCUCUCUCUCUCACACACACACACAAACAUGUCUGUGACUAAUAACAGAGCUUUUUCUUUCUCUUCUCUCUGCGUUUUCCUUAUCACAAUCUCAUCAACUCUCACAACCCCAUCAAACUCCGCCACAGAGUCCUUCGUCUUCGGCGGUUGUUCUCAGCUGAAGUACACACCAGGCUCACCUUAUGAAAACAACGUCAACUCGCUACUCACCUCCCUGGUCAACUCAGCCAUGUACAACACCUACAACAACUACACCACCUCCACCCCAAACUCCAACACACAAGACACCCUCUACGGCCUCUUCCAAUGCCGCGGCGACCUCCAAAACAACGAGUGCUCUCACUGCAUAUCUAUCGCAGUGGGCCAAAUCGGCACCCUCUGUGUCGACUCGCUCGGCGGCGCGUUGCAACUCGAAGGUUGUCUGGUAAAAUACGACAACACGAACUUCAUAGGUGUGGAAGACAAGACUGAGGUUGUCAAGAAAUGUGGACCGUCGUUUGGGUACGACUCUGAUGCGUUGACUCGGAGAGAUGCUGUGCUGGCGUAUCUAGGGACCGGUGACGGUGGGGCCUACAAGAGUUACAGGACUAGUACCUCUGGGGCUGUACAGGGUGUGGCGCAGUGUGUUGGGGAUUUGAGUCCGAGCGAGUGUCAGGAUUGUCUUUCGGACGCGAUCGGACGGCUGAGGACAGAGUGUGGGGCCACCGCGUGGGGCGAUGUGUACUUGGCCAAGUGUUACGUGCGCUACAUGACAGGUGGCGUUCGCUCGCGCGCCACCGGAGGACAGGAUGAUACUAAUAGCAAUGAUGAUGAGAUUGAGAAGACUCUUGCAAUAAUAAUUGGACUCAUAGCAGCGGUCGCAUUGAUCAUAGUAUUCAUUUCCUUCUUAAACAAACUGUGCGACGAUGGAAAAGGUCGUAAAUAAUUUACAAUUUGGGAAUAAUUCUGAAUUGCUACUAUCACCACCAUCCUUUGUUUCCUCCGGUAAAUAAUUUGGCUUUCGGUGGCUCUUUUAGAGUCUUUUACCUAUUUCAAUUUUAUUUUAGUCAUGGUCCCUACCUUUUUGAAGUUUCUCUGGUAUUUCCACUGAAGAUUAAAAGAAUACUCGAGAGGGUAGAUAGAAAGAUGUGUAUGAGAAAAGGUACCUUGAAAUAAGUGAAAAAGAAAAGUUGCAAUAAGAAGAAAAAGCUCAAAGAUUCGACACUCCCCACCACCACUUAUUGUUAGUCUUAUAGCCGCGUUAGCUUUUCUGCUAAUGUGUAUAAAAUGAUGGUUUAUGAACGCUUUAGAGAAAAGUGCAUUUGUUGAUGCUACAGUUAGUGCCUCUGUUGGGUACUGUUAGAGUGCUUUAGCUUUGUUUUCGUCCUUAAAGUUAGAUUUUGACAGAUUUGUUCAUUCUCUUUUCAAUUCAAUGUUCAGUUUGUUUUAUAUUUACAGUCUAAUGGUAUUGUUUGUGUC